AUUCGUGUUGCGGCAGUGACAAAGAGUGUACGCUCGUUCCCCGUCAAUUAGUGUCGCGCAGCACUGUGCCGGCGAGUAGUGGGUGUGCGAGGAUCUCGUCCAUCGCUUUCCUCAGGGAAAGAAAAAACAACGAAGCUUCAGUUCGCCGCAAGCAUCAGUCAUGGACAGAUACGCAUGGGUCACGCUGGCUACAAACGAUGCCUACUCUCUGGGAGCUCUGGUCCUGGCGCACUCUCUACGUCGGGUCGACACCAAGUACGAGCUGGUCUGCAUGGUCACUCCCGGAGUGACCACGACGAUGAGAGAAAAAUUGGCGGCAGUAUUCUCCCUGGUACAGGAAGUCAAUGUUCUCGACUCGAAAGAUGAAGCGAAUCUGGCUCUGCUCGCUAGACCGGAAUUGGGCAUCACUUUUACCAAGCUGCACUGCUGGAGGCUAACGCAGUACGCUAAAUGCGUGUUCGUUGACGCAGACGCGCUUGUUAUACGAAAUUGCGACGAAUUAUUCGAGCGCGAAGAACUGUCAGCCGCGCCCGACGUCGGUUGGCCCGACUGCUUCAACUCCGGAGUAUUCGUAUACAAACCAUCUCAACAAACGUUCGCGUCAAUUAUCUCGUUCGCUGCGGCGAAGGGUUCAUUCGACGGCGGAGAUCAAGGAUUAUUAAACAUGUACUUUAGCGACUGGGCCACCAAAGACAUUUCCAAACAUCUACCGUUCAUCUAUAAUAUGUGCUCUACUGCGACAUACUCCUAUCUUCCCGCAUUUAAACAAUUUGGUGAGGACGUAAGGAUAAUACACUUUAUUGGCAUAACGAAACCGUGGUUACAGUACUUCGAUACUCUGACUGGUCUCGUCCAGCCACCAGCAGGUUCUGAACAUCUGCAACCGCUGUUGCAACUAUGGUGGAAUAUAUUCUGUGAGCGAGUGCAUCCCCAGUUAACUACCACGAUGGUUGCCACCAGAAUAUCGGGUCUAUUGUUGCCUGACAUCUCUCCCAAGCUCUAUAUAUCCGCUCCCGCAUCCUUUAUGUCCUGCGACGUAAACCACGACGCAUACAACGACAUUUCUAAGCAAGCGCCGGAUUUCUCUGAGUUUAAAGAUCCCUGGGAAGAUCACCUGUAUUACAGUGCGUUACAUAAGUCGCUUAACGAGCGUGUCGCAUUUACUAAUGAGAAUGAUUCUCAUGAGGCCAACCAAUUGUCAUCACAAACGAGUCACAGUUGCUGGAAAGAGGAGAGUGUUUCUUGUCAAACCGACCGCGUCACUGACGAACGUCAGUUUGAGCUUGAGCGCAAUCAACACAAUUACACUAUACACAAUGAAUACCAUCAACAUGUGAUUCCUCACUCGGAAGACAACUAUAGUCAGCAUUCCAUGCAACACUCUACACAUCAUCACUGGCAACCCAGUGAACGUGAACAGCAGCAACACAGUGUACAAAGACACCAUAAUGAGCAAUAUCAUGACGAAGAGAGACAAUCAGAUGAACAACAUCAACACUCUGGACAAUUCCAACAAGACAAUUAUCACAAAGCUAACAACGAAACGCCUUAUUAUUCCACUCAGCAUCAGCAGGUACACGAACAUUAUUACGCUCACGAGUGGCAAUCGCAUCCCGUCGAAGUGAAAUAUGAAAAUCAUGCACAACAUCAUGUUAGUGACAAUAAUCAAGCUAGUCAUCAAAAUUUAGACCAUCAUCAGUUCCAUGCUCAACGUACUUCUGAAAGUAUUCAAAGUGCGAGUAACGAACGGUCGUUGGAAGCUGUGGAUAAACGUAUAAACGAACCGAGAAUCGAUUCCCAUCCUCUCCCUUCCGCACCUAACAGCGAACUCCACAAUAUAGCCACGCAAACUGACCCGAGCACAUUCAACCAUGCGGGUAUUGCCGGCGCUCUGGCUCAAUUGACUCUCGGCGCGGCCAGGAGCGAGCAGCAGAUAGCCCUAGAGGAGCAAAUGAGAAAGCAGAGCUGGGAACUUGGACACAUCGACUACAUGGGUCAGGAUAGCUUUGAUAACAUAUGGAAGAAGAUCUGCGAAACACUUUCCCAAGCACAGCAACGACAAGCAAGCCCACCCAAGGAGGAUAAACCUAAAGAUGAGGGGUCUUCUAUCCUUAUUACGCCUACCGUACAGCCAGCUGCUAUUGUCGAACAAAAAACACCAGCUGCUGAGACGGACAAGGAUUCGACGCAAGAGCAAUCUCUAACAUGUAAACUAUCUGAGGAAAAGCUUCCAGCGCCAGUCAUCCCUGCUGAGACCCGUGAUGAAAAAGUCAUCGUCGCGCAACCUUCUGAACAGAAGACACCCGCAUUGGCUGCUGAAGAAAGUGUCACGGUGGAAGCUGCCGCAGUGAAACCGGUACAAUCCGUGCCGGAAGACGUUUGUAUGAAGCCGCCGACACAGGAAUCGCAGGACGUGAAACCGUGCGAAACGUGUACUGAAGUGUCUUCUCCGAAACCGCCCGUAGAAUUGCCACCGCCCGCGGAGACAACCGCAGAGCAAUGCAAGCUUGUGAGUCCAACAACGCAAGAAGCAACGUCUCAAGAUAAAAGCGAAAGCGUCCAAUUACCUGCGGAAGCCACACCACCAGCUAAACCGCAAGCAUGCCUUUUGACAAGCGCAGUUUGCAAGCCGCCUGUCCUAGAAGUAGUUGCUCCUGUUGUUCAGACCGAAACUGCACCAACACCAGCACCUGUACCAGCACCAGCACCUGUACCAGCAUCUGCACCAGUACCAGCACCUGCCGACGACAAGCCACAGCUCCCAACUCCUACUACUCCAGAAACAAUGCAACUUGCAGCUACUCCAGACACAACGCAGCCUAUUGCUAUUCCAAUCGGUGCAGACACUCCACAGGACAUCACUGCUUCCGCUGUAGCACCGAGCGAAACGUCGAUUCUAGAAAUUGGGAAGCCUAUAAUUGAAUGCACGACUGAUGUAACGCAGCCCCUGACGAUAGAUCCCAGCGAACGUCACGCGGAGAUGUUGCUGGCAGCUUCCGAAAUCUCGACCGUGAGCCCUGUGCCCAUCCAAGUUGCAGAAUCGGUUCUUCAAGCUGAGCCCAAGGAAUCCGUGUCGGGCACGGCAGCAGCUGUGAGCGAUCAGGCAAUUGCCACAACGGUCACUGCUGUCACGGACGUAGCUCCCACAAUAGCGACUGAGCCGAAAGAACAGGCUGUUCAAUUAAACGGAUUGUCGUGUGAUUCUGGGAAACGCGACGACGUUGCGGCUGCGGCUCCUAGUCCACCAGAAAAGACUGACGCUGCCGCUGUUGCUGAACCCACGAAGGAACCAGCGAGUGACUCGGUUACGGUGAAAGAUGUACCGGCGGAGGCGCAGCCGGUUGUCGAGGGGAAAGCAGAGCCUAUUAGUGUGGUAGCCGCAGAAAUACCGGCUGGGAAAGUGGAGGAAGAAGCAGCGAAACCUGCAGAACAGGUUCCGGUAGCAACAGGAACAACGGAAGCAGCACCUGCCGCGACGUCGGAAGCGAAAGAAACAAAACCUGCGGAAGCGAAAGAAACAAAACCUGCGGAAGCGAAAGAAACAAAACCUGCGGAACAGCAAGUAACGAAAACGGAGGCGACAGAAGCAAAACCCGCAGAACAAGUCGCACAAGUCGAACCGGCGGAAGAAAAACCGAAAGAAGCUUCAGAGCAGCCUACGAAAAUCGAAACCACGAAAACGAUCGCGCAACCGGAAGUUAAGAUAGCGAAACCCGAAGUAGCGGAAGCAAAACCCACGGAAUCUACUGAACAAGCGAUUAAAGCCGAAGCCCCAGCAGCGGUAGCGACCGCCAAACCACCUGGCGAAGUUCCAAAGUUAUCAAUGGCCGAGACCCCGCAACAGCCACCGGCAGAACCUGUCGAAGCGAAAAUUCCUUCGACGCCAACGGUGAUUGAGGCCACGCCACCGACUAGUCCGUCCGUAGAGAGCGCGCAGGAGACGGCUGAGGGUCAAGAGAAAGCGGCGAAAAAAAGCCUGAAGAAGUCCGACUCCGCGGACGGUACGGACGGCGAGAGCGCAGAUAAGAAGGCUGCGAAGAAAACGGUAAAAAAGGUGACGAAGAAGCCAAAGCCACCAAAGUCCGAGGAGACCGCCUCGGCGGCUCCGGAGGCAGCCCCUGCCGCCACUCCCGUCGCCGCCGCUGCCACCGCUACCGCCGCUGCCGCCGCCACCGGAGACAAUUCGCAGAGUAAGGCGAAGAAGACGGUGAAGGUCGUGAAGAAGAGCGGUGCUAAGAGCGGCCAGAGCCUCGAAGCCGACACGACGGUUCCGGAGACGCCACCGCCACCAACUACCACCACUUCCGCCGCCGCCGCCACCCCCGACGCGCCCGUCCCGCCUAAACGAAAGACGAAGACUAGUCCCCCGAGUGCAAAAGGAACGGCUGGCAAGAAAUUUGAGGCAGAAGAGUGAUCGGCCGAUCCAAGUCGACGAUGAUAAACUCGACCGACGCGGAGAACAUCCGAGGAUAUCCGAGGAAAUCCUCCGGACGUUUGUCGCGUUGGACGAGAACAUGACGGAGUCCUACGACAGGAGCGUUAACCCUUUCGAGAUCUUCUGAGACUUUAUUUUCGUAAAACUAACGUAGAAAAUUGCACGUAAAAUGACAUACGCGCGUGGAACAAAAUCAGUUGUUUAUUAAUAUACACCACCGUCGCGUACUAUAUAAUAUUGAUUUAUACUCAUUCAAAGCAUGCAACGAUGCCGUUAUGAAUCUCCGAUAAAUUCAGGACACGGUAACACCGUCUCGAAAGGGUUAAAGGUAGAACGCUAAAAAAAGAGAUUACACUUGCUAGUCUGUUACAGUUUUUUGAUACUUUUAAUAUAUCGCAAGAGUUUCUAUAUUGCCGUUGAGCUUGAUACCGCGUCCGCCAGAGGUGUCGAGCGAUAUCGAGUUUAAUCGACACAAUCUGUAAUCCGUAUUUAUACUCACUCUCUCUCUUUUUUUUUUUUUUUAUUAAUUAUGUUCGCACUCCCACACGCCAAGCCGUAUAGCACUCGCUUCUUCCGUAGUUAUCCGUUUCUUUUUUAAGUGCCGUAUUUCUGUAAUUAAAUUGUUUUCGCAAAUCGCCGCUACUUAAGCAGGAUCCGCAAACUUCUUCGGGCGAUAUACUGGGGACUGCUUGAGCAACUCGAUUUGGACACAUCUUAUCGCUAUUAUUAUAUCCAGCGAGUAUUUUAUACUUUUGUUUACUUGCUUUGAUGUGCAAUGGAUGCAAUGAUAUUGCAGUAGGAUGUAUCGCAGAACUGAGAAGAGAGGAAAUUAACUGUGAUUGAUCAGUUGUAACGUUCUAUCGAUUAUUAUUAUGAAUCUGUGUCGAUGAAACGACAUUGCAGUCGCAUCGCAGAUCAUUUUUUCUCGCAACUAUACUAAUAUUUGUGAAAAAUCAUCGUGGAGUUUAUAUUUUAUUUAUGCAUACAUAUAUAUAUACGUUAUAUAUAGCGAAGUCUUGUUAUGGCGCACUUAUUUACAUCGACUGAACGAAAAUCCGUCAAUUGUUACAAAUUUGUGAAUUUAUCAGAAACAAUAUAAUAGAGAUCGUGUUAGAUUAUCACAUUCGAGAGCGAUAUAACGUUGCGAAAGCAGCAAUUGAGAUAUCACGCAAUAAUUCUUAGCGUAACUGUUCAUCCUUUUGUAUACUCUCUCUCACACAUGUGUAUCAUGUUUAUUAAAUUAUAUUUUUCAGUGUGUAUUUUUA